GUAGAAGAGAGUAAUUGAGUAAAAUAAGACAUCGGAAGCCAGGAAAUGAUCUGCAGAGCGUUUCGCAGAUGACAACAUCGAUUGGAACAGCAAAUUGCUACCAUCAGUUGUUCAUUGGAAUUGCAGCAAAAUAAACAAUACGAAGGUCGACUCCGACUAAGGAGAGCACAGGACGUCCCGAUAUGCCUGACAAAUCUAAGAGUGAAAAGGUGACAGUAAAAAGGAGACAGGAGAUGUAUCAGCGAGCGUCAGUAGAUUUAUACAGAAGACUUCGGAUGUUCAGUGAAUCACUGGGAGAUAGGCGAGACGAACGAGAUCGACGAUGGGCGCGCAAGGAAUCCAAAUAUAUGACCAACACGGAGGUAUGAAUGUGCAG